AGGAGCAGUAAGAACGUGUGGGGGUACUUCUCGGUGGGCGCCUCCGGAGGUCUUCACGAGUUCGCGGACUCGCAGUUCGGGCACUGCUUCUCGUGGGGAGAGGACAGGGAGGACGCGCGCGAGAAUCUCGUUCUGGCGCUCAAAGAGCUGUCCAUUAGAGGCGACUUCCGGACGACUGUCGAGUAUUUGAUCACUUUGUUGGAGACGGAGGACUUCCAGAAGAAUGUCAUCAACACGGGAUGGCUCGAUAAACUGAUCGCCGAACGCGUCCAAUCAGGCAAACCCAAGACCUCUUUGGCGCUGAUCUGCGGCUGCAUUCAUGUCAUCGACUCUCAGCAGCAGAACAAUUGGCAACACUUCCAACUGUCGCUACAAAGAGGACAAAUCCUUCCGGCGAACACUUUGUCCAACACUCAGAACGUGGAACUCAUAUACGAAGGCGUCAAAUACGUGGUGACUGUCACCAAAUCCGGGAACAACUCCUACUUCCUGGUCAUGAACAACACGUGCAAAGAGGUGGAAGUGCACCGCAUGUCCGACUCCGGACUCCUCCUCUCUGUCGACCACUCGUCGCACACGACGUAUAUGAAGGAAGAGGUGGACAGAUAUCGCGUAACCAUUGGCAAUCGGACGUGCGUUUUCGACAAAGAGAACGACCCCACGAUUCUGCGCUCGCCCUCUACCGGCAAACUCCUGCAGUUCCUCGUGGAGGACGGAACACACGUGUACUCGGGUCAGGCGUUCGCAGAGAUCGAGGUCAUGAAGAUGGUCAUGACUCUGACCACUCAGGAGUCGGGAGUCGUGCAGCACGUGAAGCGGUCGGGCGCUGUUCUGGAGGCCGGAUCCAUUCUGGCGCGACUCGAACUCGACGACCCGACGCGUGUCCAUCGCGCGGAACUUUUCACUUUUGGCUUCGACUCUCUCGACGACGAAUACCACUCGGAGGACGCGAUGGCGGCCAUCGACGGCCACGUGAGCCCUUCGGAGACGAAACUGAACGCCACGUUCACGACAGCAAAAGUGCAUUUGGAGAACAUUCUGGCGGGUUAUGGCCUCCCGGAGCCCUUCUUCUCGCAAAACAUGAAUCUCUACGUCGAACAGUUCAUGGAGUGUCUGCGCGAUCCGCGACUUCCGCUCCUCGAACUGCAAGACAUCAUUUCGUCGACUUCCGGCCGAAUCCCGGCGCAGGUCGAGAAGUCGAUCCGCAAACUCAUGAACAACUACUCGAGUAAGCGGUGUCUAAGAAAGUCUAUCUGUUGA